GGGCGCCAGCAGGGUUGGUUGUGUGAGUGUGUGUGUGUGUGAGGCGGCGGCGGCGGCGCAGAGUGAUGCGGAGUUGGAGACGAUGGCGGACUUCUUGAAAGGACUGCCAGUCUACAAUGAGAGCAAUUUCAGCCGGUUUCACGCAGACUCCGUUUGCAAAGCUUCGAAUAGAAGACCGUCUGUAUACCUGCCAACACGAGAGUACCCGUCGGAACAGAUCAUUGUGACAGAGAAGACCAACAUUUUGCUUCGAUACCUCCAUCAGCAAUGGGACAAAAAGAAUGCAGCAAAGAAACGAGAUCAAGAGCAAGUGGACAUUGAAGGCGAGAGCUCGGCACCGCCACGAAAAAUCGCCCGCACAGACAGCCAGGAUAUGAUCGAAGACACCUAGUGGUCUGAUCCCCAGGCGCAAGUGCUUCCCUUUUCAUCAUGUCAUGUCUUACCGUCUCUCCACCAUGCAGCCCUUCAUUUGUAUAUCAUAGGAGCACCUUUAUUUAUUUACAUAUAAUUUAUGGCCUGGGGGAAGGGGGGGGGGGGGGGGGGGCAGGGAGGCAAGCAGAACAAAUGGAAGCCCGAUACAGAUCCACAGGGAAUGGGUGAUCAAAUACACGCUCCUGUUUUUGCCUGGGGGCGGGGAGGGGUGGGAUCUGAAUCGGAGACUGGAUGGAUGGGUGCAGUGCAAACUCUUUGGUGAAACAUUGUCGGAGUGAGAGCUUGCAGGAAUGGCGAUAGUCUUUGCAGUGCAUGUCUUCACCUGCUUGUAGUGUCCACAGCAUCUAAAUUAUCAUCUCCCCUGGUUUAAACCCCCCCCCCCCCCCCCCCCAAUAGGAUUGAGACAGCACACUUUGCCACUGAGGUGCUUGUCCCGGUCGUAAGAUGGAAGCAAUGAAGUGUGCUUCUCUAGUCCCACAUCUCUUGAAACAUUUUUGUCUUCAUCGUACUAGAGGACCCUACCCUACAGUAGUUGCUUUUGGUCGUUCUGUUCAGUUUCCAAGUGACCAUUCGCUCGCCCCCAUCAGAAUCCAAGAGAAGUGGACACUAACUGAGCUGCCCCGCCCCAGACCAGCCUCCGCUCUGGUCAACGCUGCAACCAAUAAACCCUUUGGCAAUUUGCAGCGUUGCUGUGUGUGUGUGUGUGUGCGUGCGUUGGGCCUGUACACGUCCUUCACCUCCUACACAUGAUAACCUUGGAAGUUAGAAACAAUUCACCGGUCUUGCGGGACGUUCAGUUUUAUGCUUUAGUUUGAGAAAGGGAAGCCAUUUUGUAUAGGUUUUUUUUUUUAACAAGAAUAAUUGUUUUUGAAGUCCAAAGAGUUAACGUCAGGCAUGCUGGCAAAUCACUGGUUCUAAAUCUUUGUGUGGAGGGAUUGUUCCAUGCAGCCUCAGUGGGACACGAUGGCAUCAGUGUCCAAUGCAUUUGUAUUACUUUCAUUUUUUUUGUUCCACACAAUUUUUAAACAUGGGCAUUGACUUUUUAAAUGCCAAACUGGAGAGAGCUUGAGACUGUUAAGUUGUUCCUAUGUUGAUAUCGCACCUGCUACAACUUUUUGUUUGUCGUGCAGUUAACUUUUACUAAGUAUAUUUUAUGAGUAAGCUUGACAACUGGCAGGUGGGGGGGGGGGAAGAAAUCUUCCACGUGCUGCGCCUUCACUGAAACUUGGCUUCAAAGAUCUGUUUCUGCUCGAUUCGUCAACCGGUUUUGCUCCACCUGCAGCCUUAGCUUCGCCGAUGUGGGAAAUGCUUCCAAGGCGGGGGGAAGGAAGGGCAAGAGAUGUUCUCAAUUUUGUUGCUGGUCAGAAUCUGUAUGUUGUAACGAGUCCAGAAAUGGGCGGACAUGUUCAAAACUCAAUCUGAGGCACAGGCUUGCCAAGUUUGCUUCGGCCCCAUGCACGGGCCAUUGUGGCCGAAUAUUAUUCUGCUUCUAAUUCAAGAGCUGCUUCUCCAGUGCUGCUGCUUUCUCGACACUUCACCUACUCACUCACUCCCUCCCUCCCUCCCGACCAGAACAUUGGGCUAUGGGAAUGCCAGGGCCCUGUUUUAGAUUUGUUAAACGUAGUUCUAUACUGCAGUCGCAUAUUCCAGUAAAAUAUCUACGUGUUUUCCCCUUCCCCCGUCUUACCCCUAGAGUACACUUCACUGAAAGAGAGCAGUAACGCACCCUCUGUAAACGGUGGCCAGGCAUGGAAAGGGAAUGGAAUCUAGUUGAAGUUGUAUCGGCCUUUCAUACCCAUUCAAAUUGUUGCCAAGGUGCCUCUCUUUCCACCAAGUUCUGGAUUGCUGUGGGUUGGGGGUCGAUGCGUGUGAAUGCAUUUGCCCCACCACCGCCUCUCUCUGACGUUACAAUGCCAAGUGACCGAGGUUACCCUUUCGUUAUCAACCACAAUAAAUGUCCAAGCUCAGUCACUGAUUAACAGGACAAUUGGGUGCAAAGUGUUUCCUAUUCCAGGGACUGUGGUGUAUGCCAUCUCAUUGCUUCCAUUCCCCUCGUCCAGUCAUCAUCGUGUCAUUCUGCAGGGCCGUAUUCCCAAGGAGAUGUGAGAUGUUCUGUUGGUGGAGGGUGGUGGUGAAUGAAGAACUGCUUCCCCUGUGAAGCUCAGCCUGGCAGUAGACUUGAGCAUUUCCAAUCGCUUGGGGUUGGUGUUGGUCUCGUUGUAGAUGAUGUGUGAAGGGUUGCAGCCCCUAGGACCUCCAGUGUAAUGUGAUCUCAGGUGCUUGGAGAAUCUAGGCCAUUACACAUCCUCACUGUGUGUGUGUGUCUGUGUCUGUCUGUGUCUGUCUGUGUCUGUGUGUGUGUU